AUGGCAAAUUACGAACAACUUUUUCUUUUAGAAGUACUCGUAGAUCGAGUAAGACUUUUAAAAACGGCAUUGGAAGCUUUUGCUCCGGAGUGCGAAGAUGAACCAGACACUCCCGUACGAGUCCGAGUCAAAUUCAGCGAUUUUCCAUGUUUUGAAAUAACCCAAGAUUUGGCUCCGCCAUCAAAAGAAAAAAAAGAAUGUGAUUUUUUGACGACUCCGAUCGUUUUUAGCAGUGGUAAAUCAUGUAUGUUUCCUAUGGACCCCGAACAGCUAUUUCAAGAUUUAAUCAAAUAUCCCAUGGCCGUAACCGUAUUUAAAAAAAGAGCGGAAAAUCCACUUCCAGAGAUUAUAGGAGAUUACAUGUCAAAGAUUAUUAAAAGAGCCGCGGAGUGGGCUUUGGAGGAACCGUUAAGCGAAAUGAUUCAAGACACGUUUCCUUUGAGAAAUAUGCAAGAUCAAGAUGUCGGUACCAUUAAUAUGCUCAUCAGGUUGACAUGUUUCGGCAAGACAAUAAUAACAAAAUUUCAAAUAGCAGAUAAUAAAAAAUCAUUCCUUUUCAAAAAUGCAAAAACUCAAGAUUAUGAGUUUAAAUGUAAAAAGUGUAUGCCGGGUCAACCUAUAAAUCGUCCUAGAGCAUUUCAGUUUUCCGAAGAGGAAGAAGAAGGAGAAGAAGAAGGGAAAAUAUGGGAACAGGAAUACGGCGGCGACGAAAAUCGAAUGCCUCCCUGUUUGGAUAAAGAACAAAUGACCGACUACUAUCAGGAUCCGUGUAAUGAUUACAAAUCACAGCCGAGAAAAACGUUCCAACAAGGUCCCGGGUUCCAAAAACAUGAAUUCCAGGGACCCGGGUUCACUGCCAACAUGCAAAUCGGUUAUCCAGAAGAUUGCCAAGAUAAUUUAAAAAAACCUUACGAAAGUGGUAAUGUCGGACCAUCCGAAUCUCAGUCUGUUACAAUCGUUAAAAAAGAACCGGAAUCUCAUAAAACAAAAAGCAGAGGAAAAAGCGCCGACCAUAAAAAAAUUAACGUUGAAAAUGGUGUUAAAUUACCCUCGCAAAAAAGAAAAAAGAAAACGAAAUUUCAUGUACCCCAAGAAGUUGUUUACCCGGGUGUUAUACUUGGUCAUAAAUAUUGUGUCAGUCAAGGACCACCGGUACCCGCUAAAAAUGGUUGGGCGUGGAAAACAACCGUACCAGCAGGAAUGAAGUGGGAAGAUGUUAGAGGUUGGAGGCCAGGAGCUUAUUUGAAGCAAACGUGGGCUACCAUAAAAGCCGUGGAAGAACUUAAAAAAUUGGGUAAAAAAAGAAAGAUUAAAAGAAAACCACUUCCGCCGGACAAUAGGAAAACUACAGUACACAUACAUAGAAUUAAGGGUAUUUAUCACGUGACAAUGAAUCCCGUAAAAGGACCCGAUGAUAAAGAAGAUCCCGAGCCGGUGGUAUAUACCUUAGAAAGACCGGAAGAUGGAUCGGAUGCAUCGGAAAUAGAAUUAGAUCUAACGGUACCCGAUCCACCGUAUCCUCCUCCUCCAAAACUCAAACAUCAAGCACAACAAUUUUGCGAAGAAGAUUUACCAUUGAUACAACCUAAAAAAGUUUUCAUUAAAAAGAAAAAGAAAAAAGAAAAAAUUGCCACGAGAGUAGUCACGAGUAAAAAAAAGAAACCGGGUUCGGCAAAAAGUGGAAAAAGUGAUAAAAGUGGGAAAAGCGGAAAAAGUGAUAAGAGCGGGAAAAGUGGGAAAAGUGGUAAACCGAGUGCGAAAGAAAAACAAUCGAGUCUUAAGGGUAAAGGAAAAGUCGCACCUGGUAAAGAUUCAAGUGGUAAAAAAGCUCCUGCAAAAAGCACGCCAACUAAAAAAGGUGGAAAGGAAACGGCAACUAAAGGAGGAAAGGCACAACCUCCGAAACCUGCAACUCCACAAUAUAAAAAGAAAAAAGGAAAGAAGAAGAAAGAUGAUGAGGAUGAUAAACGUUCUAAAGAUUGGGAACCAGGAGAUAUACCACCGGAAAUAUUAGAAAUAAUCGAAUUAAGCAGAGAAAGACGAGGACUCCCUCCUCCUAAAGUAAAUCCAAAAACAAAAAGAAGGAAAAGCUCAGAACUGGUACCCCUACCUGAUAAAAUAGAAGGAAGACCACCAACACUUCACGUUCAUCGACACAAAGGAUCUUAUCAUAUAACAAUGUAUCCGGUUGUGAAACCAGGAGAAGAAUAUAAAGAUAUCAAACAACCGCUUAAAUUCACCAUUAACAGACCUGAGUUAGAUGAAGAAUUUGACAGUGAAUCUGAUUUAGAAUUUGAAUUUGAAAUACCUGAACCUGAUACUGCCAUACAAAUGAGUAUUUUUUUUUUUAAAACCCGUUUAUCAUUAAUAAAACCUUAA